CAUCCUCGCAUUCCCGUCUGCAACUCUGCAUACAACAAACCCAGCAUUACCCAAUCUGUCUGCCAACCAAGUCGGCACCUGCACAACCACUGCGCAACCAACUUCGCCCACCACCCCCGCUUUGUUUAUCAGAACGUCCAUUCACUUCCAUCGUCUUGUCUUUCUCUCUUUCUUCCCCUCUACAUCUUCCUUAUCCAAAGGGAAGAUUUCGCUGCAAAGGGAGACCACCGUCCAGGUCGUCUCUUCUCGCCACGCUCCUACUCAGAAGCUCACCAACCCUGCGUCGCUGACCCAACAAACCACCUUUGGCCUGGUAUCUGACCUCUGCGCAACAUUGCCCAACCAGUGUCCUCAACCACCGCCCGAUCCCGAUAACUGCUAUCGUCACUUGUAUCUGUCGAAUACUGAAUACUGUCGUGUGCAUCCAACGCACGAUUCCUCAUCGCAGCAUACCAAGAACAAUGGCUCCUCCGUCUGUUUCGGCUCUGGGUAUGGCCCUCAACGGCAAGUCCGCGUCUGUCGACAUUCCAAAGCCUCGCGAUGCCCUCAAAGGCCGGGACAACUUCACUGCUGUAACGGCCAACUCCUCCUCGAAGAAGCGUUCUGGCAUGUUGCCGACUCCUCCAAACUCCAUCUCCCCGAAUCUCCCACCGCGCGGCCAUGGUCGUCGAGACAGCAACCAGCACGGUCCCAUGUCGCCCAAGAGCGCGGCGCUGGAUUCGGACAUCGACUUGCAAGAUGCGCCUGAUAACCCGAAGCCGACCGCGUUGAGCGCCGAAGCUCUUGACAGCCUAGGUGAUCUGGACUCGGCUGGCGCCAUCACCCCGAGCAUGUUGGCAAAACAUCAUCUCCCCGACAUCUUGUUGUCGCACGGCCCGCUGGCCAUCAGGCACAUCAUGGGCUAUCUGACAACCUCGGUGCCCGGCUUCUCUCGCAUCACUUCGGCCAAAGCGCGUCGCUUGGUCGUGGCGGCGCUUGAAGGCAAAGGUGGUGGGCUAGAAGGUGCCGGCCGCGACGGCGACGUUAUAUUUGAAAAGGUCGGAUGGGGGCGAUGGGACGCUCGAAUGAAGGGCCAGCCACCUCGCGAGCGUCAAGGCUCUACCAUCACUCCUCCAGGCAGUUUACCAUCUUCCUACUCCCAACCAGGCCUUCAAGUGCCGAACCAACGUUCCUGGCGUACGGGUUCGGAAAAUCUGGGAACCAGCUACACCGGCAACUCAGCGGUCUUCUCCCACUCCGAGAUGGAUUAUGAGGACCAAGAUAUGCUGGAGCAUGAAGCCGACAAGAUGUCCUUGGACAACGACGACGACGGCUACGUCUCUUCCGUCGCUCCGGAACCUUUUGAUGAGGAUCUCGGUGACGGGGAGAUGACGGACGAAGAGGACUGGGCCAGUAUUGGCGCUGCAGCACUUCGAGCCAGGUCUCUCCCCAACCAAGGCAGGUCGGUGUCUGGUCCAGCCAGACUAUAUCAGCCCAUAGCGACCUACUCUUACCGGCCAAGGUAUCGCUCCAAAACACCAGGCGAUGUCGCCCAAACUGCCCCAACCAACCCGAUCCCCGUCAACCACUCGACGACUUUUGCAUUUCCCAACGGCGCUGGCGUCAAUGACUCUCAGGAACGAGCCGCAAUCGAAGCCCUCCUGAGUCUGGGAUCUAUGUAACAUUAUGAUGACUUUUUGGAGAAAACGACCGGUUCCUCCCGUUGGACGGUCGACGCGCAAUUUGGCCGGCAUUCAACAUUGCAAGCCCUCCUUGGGAUGCACGGUACUCAAUCAUUGCACUCGUGACUUCUUGACGAAGGUCACGAAAUUUUUGGGCGUUUUGGCAAUCUUUUAUUACGACACCGCACUCCACUGAUGAAUGACUUUUUGACGACCUUGAGCCUCUGACCAAAGCUGGCUCGGUUCGGUGGAUGAUCCCUUCUCUUUGUUUUGGUUUUACCAACAGCCGCGAAAGCUGUUAUUCGACUUCACUUCUCUCCCGAUCGACAGCUCGAUCUUGGCCUUGUCGACGGACAGCGAUGCUUAUCGACUCGCACGUUGCCGGCGCACGGUACCUUACCUCUCACGAUAUUUCAUUUGUAAUGCAUCUUUCAGCUACCGCUUGACAGCGGGAGAACCCAGACCAAGACUGGGCAGGUUGCGAUUCCGACAACUACUAAGGACGAAAAGGGAUGAUGAAGAGCACACAACUCGUCUCGCAGGGGCUCUACUCGCCGGUCCUCUUUAUUGAUCGUACUGGGAAUAUGGUUCUGCAGCUCUGUCAUAUUAGUUUAUUGCACGGAGUGAUGAGUUGCGUCGCCCGGAGAAUUAUCGUCUCUCAACCGGUAUCUUGUCGUCGACAUACGGUAAUGACGCGGAUGAUAGGUAUUGUGUCAAAGGGUAUACCUACAACAAUAGCUACAUCGAAACAUUUCUUUUGUUCAUGGUGGAGGAGACGGCAUCUCACUCAUUAUGAGACACUGAGCUGCUGGGUAUGCGGUUGCCCACCCAACUCUCAAGGGCAGUCGCCUGAAGCACUCGACACACAACCAAGUUGGAAAAGACGGAAGGGACGGACAAGAAGAAACACCUCGGACAGACAAGGAGGUGAACCUGAGAUGGCACUGAGGAUAGGUUGACUUUGGAAGAGGCCGUUUCGUCUUGUUAAUGUACUUCUUUUGUUCCUGGUGUUGGCUUUUUCGAGUAUGCUCGUUGGUCGACCAGGUGUUCCGGCGACUCUAUAUCGGCACUUUGGGGUGAGAUGCGUAUGUGCGCGAAUGUUUGCGAGAGACGGAGGGCAUAGAGGAGGGAAGAGAUGGUGAAGAUGGGCGUUGGUUUCAACUACCCCGAAGCACCUAAUGUGUGAGGUGGAAGACAGGAUACUUACUCGGUAUACCGAGACGAAACUGUCCGAGGUUGAAAUGGUUGGGAUAAGAUUGAUUGAUUGAUUGAUUGCUACCUAGUUGUUUCCACAACGAUUCAGUUGGGACAAAGUCAAUGCAAUUCACCAUCAGCCAGGAAUAACGUUCUUCUGCCCCAGUCUUGCUCUUCGUCCUUUUGCUGUAUUCCCCCGU